CCUGAAGGGCAAAGGAAAUGAGGCAAACGACUACAACAAAUAAAGGAUCAGAUUUUCGCCUUUUUCUCAGCCUACUAUUAGUGUGGUACUGAACAUCCUAAUAAUAUAUUUUAAAAAUUAUUAUAGUGAAAUAAAUUGAGAAAUUACAUGCGCAUCUACCACGGGCAGACGUCAUGAGCUUAAGUUGGGGAGCGGGGCACACACGAUUUCAGUUGUGACCUACGGUAUCAGUAGAUGUGUCGCUCGAAGCGGAUCAGAAAAAUACGACGUGUGAGAUUUACCAGGAGGUACCGGAAUCGUCUUUCAGUGUUUUGGAUAUAAUCGGGUCACCGAUCAACUGUCCUGGGAGUGUAUGGAUUCGUAUUUUACCAGUUUAAUGUCUCCGGUCGCAUUCUCAAGGAUCUUGUAACGGGUUUAAUAUUUACACAAAUUAUUAGCCGGUCAGUACAACCCAUGGAAUUAUACUGGCUCCGGUUCUUGGCUCCAAAACUCGUCUAUAAUUAAGCGAAUGAUUAGGUGUUGGUCGUUUUAUUCAGCUACGGAUUUUUCCGACACAUUCUGACUGGGGUCGCAUGGGGAAAUCAGCGCAACUUUAACAGCGAAAUUGAAUUACAAGUACCAGGGUUUAAAGCGCUGAUUGGUGUGUUAGAUUGAGCGCCAGUUCACACGUUGAUUGAAUUCGGUAAUGUGAGUGGCCCUGGAAGUUAACUAAUAGCCUAUUAAUUAUACCAUUAUUUUGUGCGUGUGAAUUCAAAGCAAUGACAGGGGCAACGACUGCCCUGUUUUCUGAAAAUGUUAUUCUCAAAUGGAUUCGACUUUUCAGUCGCUACGUGAGAUUGGAUUUGACAGCCUUGGAAGUGAAGAGUUGCUCCUUUUAGGUGGUUACGAGCAAGAAGGAAAAGACUGGACAUCAGACCGGUCGUAUCAGAACUAUUUUGUCUCUGGGAAAAAAAAUUAGUCAUGGGGACCAAGCUACAGAUUCUUCUCGGAAUGUUUCAGUUUGUCUCGCUAACUAGAAUGCCAACAUACUGUGCCAAAGCACCGCUUUCUCACUGGCAGCCCACAGAGAGUCACAGAUCUGGAGAAGUGGUGAAGUGGUUGGAGGUGUACCAGAAGAGCGGCUGUCAGCCCAGAGAGACUCUAGUGGAGGUGUGGCGGGAGUUUCCAUGGGAGACGCAGCACCUCUUCCUGCCAUCCUGCGUUUCUCUGCGUCGUUGUGGCGGCUGCUGCUCAGAUGAAGCCCUGGAGUGUGUGCCCACACACACAGACACGCUCACCAUGGAACUGAUGAAGACUACAUACAUGAAACAUGAACUGGUCCACUUAACCUUCAUAGAACAUAGUCAGUGUGAGUGCAGACCAAAACUAGACCUUCACACAACCCCUACCAGGCAGGACUCAAGGCCAGCAAAGAAAGGGAGAAAGAGGGGCAGAGAAAAACCAAAACGGAAGAAAAACGUGAAAAUAAAAUCUGUCUCAUGUGUGGCGGCAGAGAGCAGAGGGUGCUCGUUUUGGACAGUGUCUCCUUCACUGCCAUCCAUCAUUCACCCCUCCCUGGAUAGAGACGGUGGCAGGACUGCAGCAUCCACCCCCUCUCCUCCCCAGCCCCCACCCCCACCCACACCUGUCCCCAGCAACCCACCUCCUCCUGCUGAGGUGCAGUGUGAGCCCUGCCCUGGGCGGAGGAUGACGUCACACCCCCCGUCCUGUGAAUGCCAGUGCAGCCUGAGAGAGGUUAGCUGCACACGCAGAGGGAAGAGACUGAACCAGCACAGCUGCAGAUGUGAGCUGACACGAGAAUAAGAUGAAAGGUCCCUCUCUUUCCUGGUGUGUCAGACACACACUGUAGACUCCAGGAGGUGAGGGGAGUACUGCUGUUCUUGAGUGCGUUAUUAUGGAGUCUAGGACAUGGGGUUAACCUCUAAAGAUGGUGUGGAUUUGGGAAGGGAGUUUGUACCACCCCACCCCCCCACCCCACAGAACUUUUGCUCCCUCUCAAAGACAUUUAACACAGUCUUAGAUGCAUAUAUUCAGAUCUGUUUGUAUCUGUAUAGCCGCACCAGUGCGUGUACGUGUACAAUAUCUCUUCAAAUCUCAUCCACAUAAGCUUCUAAAGCAUCUUGCUGCUAAAAAAAAAAAAAAAAAAAAAAUUCAAAUCCACCAAGUGUGUUCCCCUGGUCCCACACAGGAAACUAAUGAGGCCAAUACAGACACAGAGAGUGGGUCUGGGAAUAAAAGGGAAUAUCUGCCUUUUUAGAAAUCGGCACUGAACAAUGCAUUGUACAUCUCUGAUCUGUGAGUUAUACACCACUGAAGUAAACCUACUUAGCUUUCCAACUUAAGAGGACGGACUGUGUUCUGUAAAAGUAAAACGUCUGCUCCUCGAUAACGAGACUGUAAUCGCUCUUUGAUUCAUUUGAUCAUGGUUCUUAUGUCAAACAAUGAUAUGUUUUGGGCUAGAGCAGCUUUAACUGAUCUUCACUAGAUUUUUUAUCUAGGUUGAAUAUUAUAUUAUCAUAUAAAUAAAAUGCCAGAAGAGAUCAUAAUGAUGAUAACUACUAUAAGGAAAGGAGGAUGUCCCGCUGUUGUCUCAAUCUAGGGACAAUGGGCAAGUGCAAACGUUAGUAAAGGGUUAUGUUUGAGUGACAGAUGGUGAGUGUGAGUAUGAUUUCAGGGACUACUGUUCUGACAGACUGUUAAAGUUGACAGAGCCAUGUGUGUUUAUUUCUAACGGAGAAAAAGAGAGACAUUCAGAUGUCUUACUUAUGUCCUAUUAUGGUGACAUCUGAUUACAAAGAGCCUACAAAUCUGUCACCUCAGCCACGUAUAAUGGGGCUUGUUUUACUGUGGUAAUGGAUUAAACUGUCUGUCUGUUGGAAAUGGAUGGAUGGAUUGACUGAGGUCUGUGUGGUCCACACACACUGAAUGAUAAAUAUCUGUUCCCAUUUAUUUUUUCCUCUACGAGUCUAUCGUGUGACUGCACAGACUGUAUCAAUGAGUGUUUUUGUAUUUGGUUUAGUCUUUGUCUGGCCAGCUUCUUUUUGGAGUGAAAGAACUUUUCACUUCAGCUGGGCAGUGAGGGGAAUGUCAAUAAUAAGGAGACCUGGCCAUAUUCCAUUGGUGUUCUCUCUCUCUCUCCCUCUCUCUCUCUCUUUCUCCCUCUCUCUCUUUCUCUUUCUCCCUC